CAAUAAUAUUAUAUUAUUUUUUUUUGUUUUAAAAAAAUUUAUUAUUUUUUUAUUUAUUUCAGAUCAAUAAAACCUAAAAUUAGAUCAAAAAUCAAAAAACAAUCAAGAUUUAGAAAAAAUAAUAAUAUUAUAAUAAUAAUAUAAAAAAAAAAACAAAUAAAAAUGUUAUCAUCACUAAGAACUGUUUCAAAAAAUAUUAUUACCAAGAAUACAUUAAACAAUGGUAUUUUAAGAAAUUUUGCAUCACAACAACAACAAUACAGCAGAGAUUACCCAGUUGUCGAUCAUACAUAUGAUGCUGUUGUUGUUGGUGCUGGUGGUGCUGGUUUAAGAGCAGCUUUAGGUUUAACUGAAAAAGGUUUCAAGACUGCAUGUAUCACUAAAUUAUUCCCAACUCGUUCACAUACUGUCGCAGCACAAGGUGGUAUUAAUGCCGCUUUAGCCAAUGCCGAUGAUGAUGAUUGGAGAUGGCAUGCAUAUGAUACCGUCAAGGGUAGUGAUUUUUUAGGUGAUCAAGAUGCCAUUCAUUAUAUGUGUAAAGAAGCUGUCCCAACCGUUUUAGAAUUAGAACAAUAUGGUGUCCCAUUCAGUCGUAUGGAAGAUGGUCGUAUUUAUCAACGUGCUUUUGGUGGUCAAAGUAAAAAUUUUGGUAAAGGUGGUCAAGCUACACGUUGUUGUGCCGCUGCUGAUCGUACCGGUCAUGCUCUUUUACACACCCUUUAUGGUCAAGCCGCCAAACAUAACACCAAAUUCUUUAUUGAAUACUUUGUUACCGAUUUAAUUAUGGAAAAUGGCGAAUGUCGUGGUUGUGUUGCUAUCAAUUUAGAAGACGGUACCAUUCAUAGAUUCAGAUCUCAUGCUACUAUUCUUGCUACUGGUGGUUAUGGUAGAGCUUACUUCUCUGCUACCUCUGCUCAUACUUGCACUGGUGAUGGUAAUGCUAUGGUUAUUAGAGCUGGUCUCCCAUGUCAAGAUUUAGAAUUUGUUCAAUUCCAUCCAACUGGUAUUUAUGGUAGUGGUUGUUUAAUCACUGAAGGUGCUCGUGGUGAAGGUGGUUAUCUUUUAAAUAGUGCUGGUGAACGUUUCAUGCCACGUUAUGCACCAUCUGUUGCUGAUUUAGCCUCAAGAGAUGUCGUUUCACGUUCCGAAACCAUGGAAAUUAGAGAAGGUCGUGGUGUUGGUGCCGAAAAAGAUCAUUGUCUCCUCAAUCUUACUCAUUUAUCACCAGAAAUCAUUGAUGAACGUCUUCCAGGUAUCAGAGAAACUGCUAUGAUUUUCGCUGGUGUUGAUGUUACCAAAGAACCAAUCCCAGUUAUUCCAACCGUUCAUUACAAUAUGGGUGGUAUCCCAACCAACUACAAGGGUCAAGUUGUUAACCACGUCAAUGGUAAAGAUGUUUUAGUUAAAGGUUUAUAUGCUGCUGGUGAAUCUGCUUGUGUCUCUGUUCACGGUGCUAAUCGUUUAGGUGCUAACUCACUCUUAGAUAUCGUUGUUUUCGGUCGUGCUGUUGCCAAUGAAAUCGGUGAAACCCUUGCCAAGAAUACUCCACACAAACCACUCCAACCAAAUGCCGGUGAAGAAUCAAUUGCCAACAUUGAUGCUAUGCGUUUCGCCGAUGGUACCCGUUCAACUGCUGAAAUUCGUCUUGAAAUGCAAAAGAUUAUGCAAAGAAAUGCUGCUGUCUUUAGAGAUGGUGAAGUCCUCAAAGAAGGUGUUCAAUUAAUCGACAAAUGUGCUAAAUCACUUAAAAACGAUAUCAAAACAACCGAUCGUACUAUGAUUUGGAACACUGAUUUAAUCGAAACUUUAGAACUCCAAAAUCUUAUGACCCAAGCCGUAUUAACUAUGCACUCUGCUGAAGCUCGUAAAGAAUCACGUGGUGCCCAUGCUCGUGAAGAUUAUAAAGAAAGAGACGAUGUUAACUGGAUGAAGCACACCCUUUCAUAUUUAGAUGUUGAUACUGGUAAAGUUACUCUUCUUUAUCGUCCAGUAGUUUCAACAACUUUAGAUGAAUCAGAAAUGGAAUCAAUCAAACCAUUCAAGAGAGUUUACUAAAACCUUUUCAACUUUUUUAAUCAUCACACCAAUUUAAUUUUUUCAAAAUCAAACAAAAACAACAAUACAAAAACAAUAAUCAAUUCAUUUAUACAUUUAAAUGAAUUUAAUAUAUCAUCACUAUUUAAAAGUAGUUAUACCUUUAAAAAAAUUUUAAAAAAAAAAAAACAUUUAAUGUUUAUAUAUGUAAAUCAUAAAAUAAAAAAAAAAAAAAAUUUAUAUAAAGUUUAUAUUUUUAUUUAGUAAUAAAACAAAAUUUUUAAUUAUAAUUCCAAUAUUUUAUAAAUUG